AACAUGGUUCUGCUCUUUUAGGACAAGGACAGUGUAGGAGUGUGAUAAUGCUUUUUAGGGCCUAAAGGUUUUAGGUUUUUAGGGCCUAAAGGGAGUAUAUGUGUGUGUGUGUGUGUGUGUGUUUGUGUCCUGUGGGCUUUAUAUCGGCGUGUUUAGAGUGAAAACAGUCUGAAAUGUGGCAGCACAGUACAGUGCAGGCACAUUGAACUCUUUUCAUUCCCCAGACAAGCCGGAAUGGAGAGAAUGGAUGAGGGAGGAGUUCAGAAGAAAACCUGCCUCACAGGUGGCUGCUUUUCCUUGUAGUUCUUCCCCUGUCUUUGUUCUUAUUAACCAGUCAUCAAUUGUGCCCGAGUGCAGAGAAUGUAAGCAAGGACAAUAGAGAAACCAAGGGCAUUUUAAAAUUCGUCAAGGGAGGUGAAAGUCAUCCGGUUUCACAUUAUGUUUAAGUGGCAGUCUGGACACAAUCAGAUGCAAAGCUGAGAAAGGAAAGGAGCUGGAAAUAAUUUGCUCCCUACUUUAAAACAAGAGCCUAAACUCAACCUUCCCUGAACCUCACCUGAAUGUUCUAGAAAUCCGUCUAGAAUGAGCGGAACUCUCCAGCGACGACUGGUGUCAAAGAAUGGGCACAACAAUGUAAAAAUUGACAAUGUGGAGGGCAUGGUAAAACUGUACCUACACGACAUCUGGACGACAGUAGUGGACAUAAAGUGGCGCUACAAGCUUACUCUCUUUGUCUGCACUUUCUUGGGCUCAUGGUUUAUUUUUGGCGUCCUCUUCUACCUCAUCGCCAUGAGCAACGGGGACUUGGGGCAGACACCCGAGUCCAACCACACUCCUUGUGUCAUGAAUGUAGGGACUCUGACAGGGGCGUACCUUUUCUCGCUGGAGUCUCAAACCACCAUCGGCUACGGCUUCCGCCACAUCUCAGAGGAAUGUCCGUUGGCCAUCUUUACUCUGGUGGUGCAACUGGUUUUCACAGGCCUUGCUGAGAUCUUCGUGACUGCUGCCUUCUUGGCCAAGCUGGCCAGGCCAAAGAAGCGAGCCGAGACUGUCAUAUUCAGCCAGUCUGCGGUGAUCUGCUGGCACCGGGGACAGACAUGCUUGAUGGUGAGGGUGGCCAACAUGAGGAAGAGUCUUUUGAUCCAGUGCCAAGUGUCUGGAAAGCUGCUGGCUCCUUACGUAACUCAAGAAGGUGAGAAGAUUCUGCUUCACCAAGAGCCUGUAGACUUUUGUCUGGACUCCAGCCAGGAGUGUCCCUUUCUUCUCCUUCCCCUUACUUUCUACCAUGUUCUAGAUGAGAACAGCCCUCUGGCCAGCCUCACGGAAGAGAACCUGAACUCCAGAGAUUUUGAGCUGGUGGUAACCCUCAACGCAACCAUGGAAUCUACCGCCUCCACUUGCCAGAGUCGCACCUCGUACCUCCCUCAAGAAUUUCGUUGGGGUUACGAUUUUAAGCCGCUGGUGUUUAGCACACCUGGGGGCAGGUACAUCACAGACUUUGACCAUUUUGAUGAGGUUGAAAAGAGGAAUGAGCCCUUACUGCUCCAGAAUGUAGAGAUGAUAAAACUGCAGAUGGAGGAAGAGUACAGGAAAGAGUAAAAGAAAGGUAGAGGCUUCGGUAGCAUGGACACAUGCCACUGGACUGAACUACCAACAGGGAGUGCAGUAAUAGAAUACAUAGUAGAGUAUCUACAGAAUCAUGGAGGUUAGCUCAAGCUAAACUAAGACCCAGUCUCAUUUCACAUUUGUACCUUUACCCCUAGUGUCACCCUUGGUGACGUUUGGAAAUGGUUGAAACGCUCCCCAUUAAAAAUGGCACAACAUUUCAAGCACCUGAUGCAUAAUUGAAAUAAAUAAAUAAAAAAACACACCUUUAUCAACAGCUACUAGUAGGUGACCGUGCCAGUCUGUUGCAAUAGCAGAAGAAUGUUGAAGUUCUAAAACCCUACAAAAAUGAUUUAUUAUCGUUCACCCAAUUACUCUGUAAUAGGGAGCAGAAGAAAGCUUACAAAGAUACAAUGUAACUGCUGCACCAUUUAAGGUGGAGCAAGAAACACCAGACAGAUCAAAUGUAUGCAUUAUUCCUAUGUGUUGUAAGGAAAAUCUAGGCCAUCUGGAGGUCCCUAAUGAAGAUUUUUAAAAAUACAUUUGUAAGAAUAUUUUUAAAGGAAAUUAUGGUUUAAUAUCCUAGAUAUAAAACAUUUGGAUUUGCAAAUUUGCAAGCCCUUCCCAAGCUGAAUGCAAAAAAAAAAAAAAACACAGAAAUGUGAAAUGUCUUCCUAAGACAUUUACACUAAUAGAGUUAUUUAAAAUUCAACGAGGUUCAACAAUCAAAUUGACAAAAAUCAUCUUUAAUCUGUUAAACAUUUUUAAGGGAGCCAAAACAUAGAAAACAUUUACUGCACAAUGUCUCUUAAAAUUCAACCAUCUACAGGUCGAGCACCUAAACUGGAAAAUGUUUUUUAAAAGCACACUACACAACUCUAGCUGUUUUUUUUGUACUAUACCGGUUUCUGAUUUAUGCAGCUUAUUGUAAAACACAAUUCAAACCAAAUCUGCACAAAAAAGGGCUACUUAGUAAAGUAAAUACAAAUAUCUGGUCUGAACUUUACUUAGGAAGCCACUUUGCUAAGUAGCAAGAGAUGGAAAGGUAGAUAUCUAGAUUAGCUAUAAGCAAAACUACAAUAUUUAGCCAGCGAGCUAGCUAACUGUCUAAGUGAACAUCCAGCAAUAGUAGUUGAGAACUCUUUUCCUGUUCCUUGCUGCUCUGACAUAGGCUUUCACUGUUUGCUCGUAACUAUAGCCAUCGUAAUUUUAGAGCCGCUAGCAAUAGACCACUGAAGUCGUGCUUCAUUCUGUAGUCCUCGUACGGCUUCCGUGUCUAAGCAUUUCUCCCAAUGAGAAAAAUGAAUAGGGCUUUCAAAAACCCGUCUCUAUCACAUUCUGUGGUAAAUAAAUCUGUUUAGACCUCUGAAGGUUUUAUUCUGUGUACAUUUUACUCCUGAGCAUCACUGGAUCCUCUGAGAUCGUUUAAGAGUCGUAAUGAGAAAAAUGCUAACUUUAAGCUAAUGCUACAGCGGAGUGAGCUGACCUCCCAGCGCAGCUGCAGAGAUUAGCACGGGACUCUUUUCGGCGCAACACCAGAGCACUCCGGCCGUAAGUUAGGAGCAUUUUACACACAGCUGAUCCAACUAAUGAACUAACUGCGCUUACUGAGGAGAGCUGAGAGAGUCACAGCAUAAAAUCACUAAAACAGAUCAGUGAUACUCCAGAACCAGCUGUAACACGUUUUAACAUUUACUGUCUUUAUUAUGCAGUAAAAUAAAUGGGUGUUUCUGGUUCGUUGUCGCUUCAGUGAGGGCAGGUAGUUAGUUGAUUAGUUGAUUAGUUAGUUGUUAGUUCAUUUUUUGGGUCAGGUGUUGUAAUUAGUAAUUUAAUGACUAAUGACCGUAAUUAAAUACUAAACCUGCAGGAAAGCGCUGCUGAACUAAGAGCCACUUUCUCUUAUUAUCUGCCCUUUAAAGCUCUAACACAGACUACACUGCUCAACAUCACACUGCUCAACAUUACUGAAAGAGUUUUCACCUGUUUAAAUGCUUUAAUGAUCCUCUGUGAAGAAGCAUAAUAAUCCAAAAUGUACUCUGACCGGUGUCCGCUGGUGUUAUGCAGAAUCCAGUCCGUGUCAUUUCCAGCCGCUGUGCUGUGACGUCAGUUAAGCAUUAGCUUAAAGUUAGCAUUUUUCUAAUUAGUACCCUUAAACGAUUUCAAAAUUCAGAGGAUAUCCAGUGAUAUUUAGGAGGUAAAUGUACUUGCCUUAAAAAAAAGUCUCACUCUUGCUAUGCCUGAGACCGAGGGCUCCUGAACCACUACAAACAAAACCUAAGUUUGCCCUUUAAUGACUUAUUUAAUCAUCUCAAACAGUGUGAAACACAUUUAUCAACUUAAAAAUGUUGAAUAGUGUGCCUUUUUUAUGUUAGAAGAAGGCAGUGUAUAAAUUAUUUGUUAUCCAGCCAGCUAAUGUCAGUAUAGUGAGAUGUGCUGGACUCACCUAACCCACCAAAUUUAUUUUCUGGUCUGAACUGAGCCCAAAUACUGUUUAAUUUAAGUUUCUCUUCUUUUAUUCAUCACAAGUGGAUACUGACUCUCUCACAGCAGCUCUGGGGCCAUAAUGUAGUAGUUUUGGUUCACCUCAGCAGCAAACAGAGCAUAGCUCCAGUUCUGGGAGUUGAUAAAAGUAUGAAUCAUUGUGCAAUAAAAUAUGGCUGAGAACUUUAUUUCUUUAUUUCUGUAGAACAACAAAAAUGGAUCCAUGGUGUCCAUGGUAUGCUCCCGUAAAGUAGAAAUGUAGUGUAAAAUGGACUUGGGGUGUAGUAAAACAUAAUAAUGAGUACAAACUUUUGUUGUUCACCCCCAGCAUUCCAAAAUACACUCCUUUUAACCAACGCUCCCAACAAGCUUACUAUAUUAGUGAUAGGGGCAUAGCACUGCCAUGCAAAUAAAUAGCUAUUUUUUUACACCAUUAACACGCUCAAAAGAAGCAAUGUAUAAUUUUUCUGUGUAAACAAACAGUUUUUUUAUAAACUAGCUGUGCACUUUCAUAGUCCUCGUGCCUCGUUUAAAAUGUCAGGGACCUUAGAAUUUUACCACUGACGUGUGGAGCCACUUUGAGCUUGUUAAUGGUGUAAAAAUAGUGAUUUAUUUGCAUGGGCAACACUAUGCCUUUAUCACUAGCAUUGUAAGCCUGUUGGGAGCUUUAGCUAAAAGUGCUGUAUUUUGGAACGCUGGGGCAAACAAAAGUGGCCUAAUUAAUAUAUGUAUAAGGCUAUAUAUUAUUUUAUACUAUACUGUAUUGUACUGUUUUAGAUUAUUUCUCUGUGUUGUAAAAAAAAACACACACAAAUAUGGGGAUGUUUUUUUUUUCUUAUUUAAGUAAAGCUGAAUGUACAGUAGUUCUUAAAAUAAAUUACUAAUUUAUUUUAAUACAGUAGUCUAUUUUUGAAACUUUACUCAACUACUUAACAUGUCUUUGUGUGUUAUUGAAUAAACAGCUGUACUCUUACUGAACUGGUGGCUAUGAAUGAAUGUGUGUGUUUCUGCAGAUGUAUCCUUGGCCCGUUCUGAGCGAUCUUACAUUUCUGGCUUUGUUGUGGCAACAUAGUGGUACACUCUGAGCACGCUCAGUCUGUCAGUCUGUCAGUACAGCUUGACACAGAAUGAAAGAGAGUGUGUGUUGUGGCAACAGAGAAAGUGAUGGUUUGUGUUUGCGAGCGGAUCGCUACGCGACAGCAGUGAUUCAUUUUAUACACGGAGAGUGAAAAGCCAAAAAAGAACAAGGUUUGGUUUGGUUUGAAAAUAGUUUAUUAAAUUGACUCAGUAGAAAAUCCAUUUAAUUUAUGAAAGUAUAUGCUUUCUUCCUUUUUGUCAGCAAUCUCAGAGCAUCAGUCCAGCUGCUCAGUGUCUUACAGAGACUUACAGAUACACGUAAAUCCUGCUAUCAACAAGGAGGCUGUGCUGAAUGCCAUACCAGACCAGCUUUCACACAAACUAUAAAUCUUACAAUAGCACAUAUAGCUUGCACUUUGUAAACAGUCGUUAUAUAUAUAGAGCUUAAAGUUCAAAGGCCACAAUUGUUCAAUUGCUUUCGCCAACUUUGGUCCAGGUCCCUUUUUUAAAAUUCUAAAUUCUAUCAUAAAAAUGUCUGUCUUUGGCUGGCUGAGAUCAACUCGUAGUGUUUAAAUGCAUAAGUUAUAUAUCUGCCAUAUAAAAAGAAAUAUAACACUGAAUUGUAUACUUCAAUCUGACAAACGCACAGCGUUCGCGACUCGGAAAAUAACAAUAAGAACACACAAAACUGGUGCUUUGGCAAAAGUAAAAAAAACCUUCAUGGCUGUGUGAGAAACGGCUUCCGUAAGGCACUGAUUUUAAACAAAUCCUCCUCUGUCUAAAAAAAGGUCUGAGGUCAUUUAACAAGAAAACACUUAAUCAUUUUCUGCUUUCCAGUUUUCCACAAACGUAGCAAAACAAAGAGACGUCAUUUUCAAGAUUCUUCCAUUUUCUUUUUCCUAUUUGUUUUUCUUUGGAAGUUAACAGUCAAGUGAAUGUCCCUUCUUUACUCUCUAUAAUGCCACAUGAACUACUACGUAGUAUAAUACUGAUAAAUAUGGCAAUUUAUAUCCAAAG